UGUCUUCUCCAAGAGGGUACACGUGUCUCACAAGGUUCUCUCUCACUUCCUGUACAGUGACAGCUAGACAACUCGCGGCGCCGAUAUUGUGUACAUCGUGGAGGAAAAUAAAGAGAUGGAUGUGGAAAUGCAAGCUGAAGCCUUUUCAGACUCUCUUCUAAAGAAUAUCCAAGACCAGGAUCCUGUCACCAUUCUCGGGGCUAUUGUUGCCAUAGUUGUAGUCAUCUUAACGAUACUUUUUGUGAAGAUUUUCUGGGGGAGCAAAUCAACAAGGAAUGCUGUCUUGCUGGUUGGACUAUGCGAUUCUGGAAAGACCCUUCUCUUCAGCAGACUGUUGACAGGGACAUUCAAAAGGACUCAGACAUCCAUCACAGACAACAGUGCACUUUACAGACCAAAAAAUGAUGCGGGCAGUGGUUGGACACUGAUUGACCUCCCGGGACAUGAGAGCCUACGUCCACAAUACAUAGAGAAGUUAAAGGCAGCUGCCAGGGCAAUCGUGUUUGUGGUGGACAGCGCCAUCUUCCAGAAAGAAGUGCGAGACGUGGCGGAAUUGCUUUACUCUUUGCUGACGGACAGUGUUAUUGCCAGGAAUGCUCCAACAAUACUGAUAGCCUGCAACAAGCAAGAUAUCACCAUGGCAAAGUCUGCCAAGUUGAUUCAGCAGCAGCUGGAGAAGGAGCUGAACACGUUACGAGUGACUCGCUCUGCAGCCCUGAGCUCCCAGGACGGGUCGGCAGGGGGCGCCAGUGUGUACCUGGGCAAGAGGGGCAAGGACUUUGACUUCUCACAGGUGUCUAUGCGCGUGGAGUUCCUGGAGUGCAGCAGCCGUGGCAACAAGGGCGAGGAAGGGGAGGCUGACAUUGAGAACCUGGAGAAAUGGCUGGCAAAACUGUCGUAAAACAUCCUAAAUGAAGCGGUCAUGCUUGGAUCCCCAAACGACCAUCUCUCAGAGCCUCCUGAAGGGACGGCAUACUCUAUGUCCAUCAGUGAAACACUUUUUUGAAGUCCGGCUCCUCAGACGUGCUUUCCAUGAAUCUUGUUUUUGAUUUCUAAAGAAAGGGGGUGCAGCUCGCCUCAGAAGUUCAGUCGAACGCUGUUCUUCAUUGCAUUGUCCUUCAUUCUCUGGUGACCAUAUUUCAGUAUUCCCACGGCAUGCAGGACCGUAAAACACAACGACUUCGUGUCUUAGUGUGCCACACUGCAGAAUGGUGUUGUACUACGACCUCACACUUUGACCACACCGUCCAUGCGCGGGUAAGAGUUAGUAAUAUUAGGGUUCGGUUUGUGUAAUGCUAUCUUUUAGUAAGAAUUAGUUACCCUGCUAAGCUGUAGAUUUUAUAUGGUGAUACAUUAUAAUUCCUUGUUUCUAUGGGCAAGGAAUUUUCCUGAAAACAGUUGUUUUGAGCACUAUUUUCUGAGUCUUUUUUUUCUCAAAGUAUGUAUGCUAAGGAGUCCUAGCCCUGCGUCUUUUUUGUUUAAAUGACUGGACGCAUUUAUUGAGCAUUGAAUGCACACUGAACAAGCAUGGAUAUCUGUGCAUGGUUUAUCGUCAUUCAGCAGUGUUUUGAUGUUUGAUGACAUCAUUAUUGACCUGUUAGAUUGGUUGUGUGUGACCCUAAACAAAAUCACUGUUACAUUUUUCUGCCCUUCUAUAAAACAAAGAUUAUUCACAAA